GUUAAGAAAAGAAGCAACCUACUUGGUGAUUCAAUCUCAGUUUCAAACACUAACAAUAUCAACCAAGAAACGAAUCACAUACUAUGUCCCAAACCUAGGCACAUCCAUCCAUCACCCACGAUAGAGUUCCUCAAACCUCCCACUUAUUGUACCAAACACAGCCAUUUUGACACAAUUGACGAUGGAGGGAAUGAAGGUAUUCUCAACGUCAUUCUCGAUAACAACAACAAGAGAACAUCGGAAUGCAACGAGGAAAAGGAGGGAGAGACGCCAAUAUGUAAUAGUUAUUGGUGUGUACCAUGGUGCUAUUCUGGAUCACCACCAAGAAGAACAAGCAAUCCUUUGGUACAUGACGUGCAAUUCAUUAGGCAACAAAUGGAGCUCAUAUCUCCUCUCACUCGAAGCAACCUCUCAGAUAAAUUUUCUUUUGUUUCUUCUGCCUCUUCCGCCUCCCCUGUUUAGACACCCACAUCCACAUUUCUUCUCCUUUUUAUCUAAGACACCUCCUAUUCCAUGAUGUUUUCACUCAAUUAAUCACGUUUUGAAGCCAACUCGCUUCUUAAUUCGAUGUGUUGUAUUAUGUGCACCCUUGGUAUGUUCCAUGUGUAG